GUCAAGACACUUACUCUCAGGCAAUUUCUCCAAAAGAUUAAGGAGAGGUUUUUGGAUAAGAUGACUGUUGAUAAGGCCUUUAAUGAACUCACCACUAUAGGCCAGAAGCGUUGGACUUCUGUCGAUGCGCUGUCUCGUGAAGUGGACCGUCUGUUGCAAGUACCUGGACUGAACUUACAAGACAAUCAGGUUCUCCAUAUUUACUCACGUGCCUUGCCCGAGCCCAUUCGUGGACAACUCGUGGCAGAAUCGAAGUCAGGUAAGUAUAAUUAUCCGCAGUUUCGCGAUCUCGCUCUCCAACAAGAGCAAAUGACCGCACAGGUAAAGGGGUCUUACGCUUCGGUGGUAAAGUCAGGACCGGUUGGUGGUUAUGGCAAGCGGGUCCUUUGGCGACAAAAGUGCCGAGACCAUAUGCUUGUAAUCUUUGAUGAUGAUACGGUGGAAAUGUUACCUCUUGAUGAGUCUGAGGGAGGAGGAAGUAACGGCGGCAGUGAAUCUGGGAAGGGUGAUGUCACUCCUGUGAUGGCCAACAAGGGAGACCAAAACCAAUGGAAGAGGAAGAGGAGGCCACGCUCGUUCCCCGAGCAUCCUGACAUAGCAUUUGGGAAGAUGAACAUGACGCAUGAGGAAUGACAAUCCAAGAUGGACAAUCGCCAAUGCCUCAAGUGAAGCACCGUGGUGCAUGUGAUCGCCUGGUGCCCACUUAUUAGGAACCCAAAAGUGAGCAGUCAGUAGGAGUACCAUCUGCUCCUACUGAGUCGAAGGGUUUAGAUGAAGACAAAGGUAAGGCGCCUAUAACCCCUUCUACCCCUUCGACUCUCAAAGUAGAGGAUGUCUUCUUUCGCCCGUCGUCCAGACCACCCUAACACCGUACUCUGUUUUGUUUCACUGGACGAUUCCCUUGACGGGCUAGGCAAUGAACUCAUAGCACUUCG